AUGGUGGUGAAUCCUUCGUACGCUCGCAUCCCGCACCCCGCGGGGUCCAGGUUCCGCAGCCGCAGGCAGUUCUACCCCUUCUACCUAGGCGAGCAUGCCAACCGCACCUGCCGCCGCCUGCACGUGGCGGGCACGAGCUGCGCGCUGGCGCUGGCGGCGGCCGCCGCAGCGACCCGCCAGCCCGGCCUGCUGCUCUAUACAGGGCUGGUGGGGUAUGGCUUCGCCUGGCUGGGGCACUUCUUUUUCGAGAAGAACAGGCCAGCCACUUUUAGGUACCCUCUCUGGUCUCUGGCCUGCGACUUCCAGCUGUGGUGGGAGGUGGUGUCCGGAGCACGUGCCUUCUGA